AUGGCUCCUGUCGUCCCUGAAACCUGCAAGGCUGUCGUCCUGGACGGCACGCACGCCCCGUGGUCCCUGCGGGACGUGCCCGUCAAGCUACCGGCCGAGGGCGAGAUUCUGAUCAAAUCUCUGGCGUGUGGUGUCUGCCACAGUGACGUGGCAACCCAAAACGGCGAGUUUGACUUCAUCACCAAGUACCCUAUCAUCGCCGGCCACGAGGUCAUCGGCGAGGUCGUCGCCCUCGGACUCAACGUGAAAGACUGGAAGAUCGGGGAUCGAGCUGGCGGCGCCUGGCAUGGGGGCAACGACGGUCAUUGCAAGGCUUGUGCCCGGGGCACCCCCCAGAUCUGCUCGAAUCUAGAAGUCAACGGUGUCACGCGCGAUGGAGGAUUCUCCGAGUACUGCACGCUCCGCGCCGACGCGGCCAUCCGCGUGCCCACGGACAUGGACCCAGUCAAAACAGCGCCGCUCCUCUGCGCCGGCAUCACGGCGUUCAAUGGUAUCCGCAAAUUCCACAUUCCGCAGGGCGACACGGUGGCCAUUUGUGGCAUCGGCGGCCUGGGCCAUCUGGCCAUCCAAUUCGCACGCAAGAUGGGCUAUCGCACUGUCGCCGUUUCCGGGACGAAGGACAAACGCGACGCUGCGUUGGCGCUAGGGGCGCACCAAUUCGUUCACACGGGGUCGGAAGAUCCUGUGCAGGCGCUGAAGCAGGAUGGAGAGGGGGCUUCGUUGGUUAUGAUGUUUUGCAAUGAUCCGGAGAUGGUCAAGAAAAUGACCGCUGCCCUUGCCCCCGGAGGUUCGAUCCUCCUAAUCGCGCCGGUAAAUGGCGUAACGUUGGACUUCACCGAGCUGAUAGUCGUUGGCAAAAACGUUCGCACUUGGUCCUCCGGGUUUGCGCCGGAGACCCGCGAGGCGCUGGACUUUGCCAGCCAUCUGGGCGUGGAGUGUCAGACGCAGGAGUUUGCGCUUCGUGAUAUUGACAAAGCCUUUAACGCGAUGAACAACCGCACCAUUCGCUUUCGUCCGGUGAUUAAUUUUGCUUUGUAG